AUGGCCCUUCCUGUCGUUGCGCAGGUUGCGACCGCGCGAAUACUGCAAAAGCUGCAUCGUCAGGGGAAACUAUCCGACGCAGAAUGGGAGCGCCGCAGGCGUGAGGCCAUGCAUUUCUUUCUUCCUGCCAACUUGCGGCCGCAUCUUGACCAGGAAUGGCUGGACAAAGGGGGCUCAUCCGAAGUCUUCCUGUCCGUCAACCUCUUCUACUGCACCCUGCCCUUUAUGCCUACCUGCGACGACUCUUCGUCUCCAGAUGUCCCUCGAGAGCAAAUGUCAAGUUACAUGCACCAUCCGCUUUUCCUGGAGAUGGUGGAGGCUAGCCUACAACCAUCUGUCUCGAAACGAAGACUCAUUGCAUCCCUCUGGGAUGGUCGUGCAUCUGGAGAGCCGCCCCAAAGCGAGAUACUGCCGACUGUAUUCGGAGACGAUACCACGUUCACCGUCGGCGUCUCCAGCGGUGGGAAUUACGACGUACUGCAACCUUCGCACUACCCGCUCCCUCCUAGCGGCGAAGAGGCCACCUGCAGUGCUGCCGAAGCGACUAGCGCUGCGAUGCAUCCGCUCCUUCGGAUUACUUCAUGGGAGACUCAUCUUCAUGUAAGGCCCGCGUACUUCUACCUGGUCCACGAAUGGUUCGAAGAGGUUGAGCACGUCCUCGUAUGGUAUCUCGGGCACGAGUGA